CUUCUCCUGAAACGGUCGAGUUCACGAUCACAUUCACGGCUGCUCCUGGAAUUGCCUCCCCGCGACCACGACAUACCUCCAAGCGCGGCCAGCAGAACGGACAACGUUGUUCAAGAUGAGUGGCCUGGCGUCCAAGCAGGAGUCACUCAAGAUCUUUGAGAAGCUGAAAGCGAAGCCGGCGAACAAGAUCUGCUUUGAUUGCGGCCAGAAGAACCCGACGUGGACCUCGGUACCCUUUGGCAUUUACCUGUGUCUCGACUGUUCUGCAAACCACCGCAACCUCGGCGUCCACAUCUCCUUCGUCCGUUCGACCAACCUCGAUCAAUGGCAAUGGGACCAGCUGCGGAUUAUGAAGGUCGGCGGCAAUGAGUCGGCCACCAAGUUCUUCCAGUCCAAUGGCGGCUCCGCCGCGCUGAACAGCAAGGAUCCCAAGACAAAGUACACGUCGGCCGCGGCGACAAAGUACAAAGAAGAGCUUAAGAAGCGUGCCGCCAGGGAUGCCAAAGAAUACCCCGAGGAGGUGGUCAUCAACGAUGGCGGGGAGGGCGCCGAGGGUGGAGAAACCCCUGCCGAGGAAGACGAUGAUUUCUUCUCGUCGUGGAGUAAGCCGGCCGUCAAGAAGCUAAGCCCACCGAUCUCGCGGACCGCCACGCCGCCUGUCGUCGGGCGCACGCCGUCUCCAUUCCUCAAUGCUCAGAACGGGAAGGACACGGGGCGCUCGCCCUCACCGUUGGCGAACAACAGCGAGGGCGAGUCGAAGCCCAGCCGCAUUACGACCUCGGCCGCGCUACGAUCAAACACGACUGGCCCUCGCAAGGCGAACAUCCUGGGCGCUAAGAAGGCGACUUCGAAGCUGGGCGCCAAGAAGCUCGGCGCCGACGCGGCCAUCAUCGACUUUGACGAGGCCGAGAAGAAGGCAAAGGAGGAGGCCGAGCGCAUCGAAAAGCUCGGGUAUGACCCGAAUGCCGAGGAAGAAGCGUCCGCAGCAAAGCCCGCCGCCGGCAAGUCCGAUUCCAGCGCCGCCAUCAUCUCCCCUACCCCUGUCAGCCCCGCCCGCGGAGGGUACGGCUCCUCGCACUCCCGGGAGAAGUCCGCGGCCGAGAUGGAGCGUCUCGGCAUGGGCAUCGGCCGGCUGGGCUUUGGGCAGGUGGGCAAGCCGGCGGCAGCGCAGAAGAGCGCCGGCGGGUUCGGCUCCGUUGGGCCGAUCAAGGCAUCAUCCACAGAGGGCAAGUUCUCUUUUUUUCCCACGCGGCAUCAUCAUCACUCAGGAUCACUACUAACAGCUGAAACAGACGAGGGCGAAAACUACGCCCGCAAGAAGUUCGGCAACCAAAAGGCCAUCUCGUCGGAGGAGUUCUUCGGCAAGGGCAGGUUCGACCCGGCCGCCACGGCCGAGGCCAAGAACCGCUUGCAGGGGUUCGAGGGCGCCCAGGCCAUCUCCAGCAACGCCUACUUUGGCCGGCCCGAGACGGAGGAAGGCGCUUCCGUGGACGACUACGGCGACCUGGAGAGCGCCGCCAAGGACUUUGUGCGACGGUUCGGGAUCACGGCGGCCGACGACCUGGAGAAUCUGACGCAUCUGCUUGGCGAGGGCGCGGGGAGGCUGCAGGGGGCUAUCAGGGCUUAUCUCGGGAAUUAG